UCAAUAAACUGGUAGGCUACAACUACAGCGUUUGUCUAUUCAUAACGCCACAAAUAUUUUGACUUGCAAGCUGACGUGUAAAGCGUUUCCUUUACUUACAUGUAUGCACACAUUGAAAACACAUGGAAAUGUUCAAAAAAAAAGAAAAAAAAAAAGAACGUGUUCCAUCCGCUUUUGUUUUGCUAGAAGGACACGCCCACUAUAGGGGAACUGAUGAAUAUUCCACGAAACCCCGCCCCAAGGAACAGAAAAGUUUCAGGAACGGUAUAUUCAACUGACCCACUAUCACAAUAACAAGCGCAACGUGUCGAGUUUUCCGUAAAGCGAUAUAUUUCGUAUGCGGUUACACGUCUUUUUACAUUACUAAUUCUCAAGCAACAGAUGUUUACCCCUGACCAAACAGGGCGUCAAGCGUCGCCCCAUUUGGAUUUAGAAAAAACGGUUUGCGGAUCCUGCGCUAUUUGCAAACUGCACCUAAACUCUUCUGCAGACCCCAGACUUCUGCCCUGCCUGCAUACAGUUUGUAAUACUUGCCUUACGAAGAUCUGCACAGAUGGAGCCACACAAGAUUGUCCAUUAUGUGCUCAGACCUUUUGUUUGUCUGAGGUCACAGAAUGUGCCAUUUUUGAAGACGACUCUAAUAAUAACAAGGCCCCCAAGUGUGCUGGGUGUGAAGAGAGUGAGGUUAGUGGAUGGUGUGUCCAGUGUGAGGAGGCCCUGUGUUUGGACUGUAUGUCUGCCCAUCGUAGGGUAAAAGUGACCCGUGACCAUGAAGUCACACCAAAAAAACCACCCACAGGUUGGAUACAGAGAAGACGCUGUCCUUCACACACUCAGGAGAGCUUGAGGUUCUUCUGUCUUGUUUGUGAAGAGCUCACCUGUAAAGACUGUCAGCUGAUCACUCAUAGAGGCCACAGUUUUGUGCAACAGGAGGAAGCUGUGGGAUCUCAGAGACAGCAACUACAGAGUUUGUUGGACUCCAUCAGACAUCAGAAAGAGAUGAUCAGCAGUAGCCUGCUGCUCCUAGAGGCAAGGUUACAGGACAUUGAGAAUCUAAAAGUGGCUGCAAAAAAGAUGUUGAGACAGGUGGUCUUCUCCCUUUAUCAGGCUCUGGUACUGAAAGCUACGCAGAUCUUAAAGGAGAUAGAGGCCCUGUAUGCAGAGGAGGGGAGAUGUUUGUUGGAGCGGAAGACAUCUCUGAACAGGCUGGAAGGCUUUCAAGACUACAUAGUAGCUUUUAUUGACAAGAUCCUAAACACUGAGGGCCAUUGCCUCCUGGUCCACACAAAAAGAAUUGAGACCCAGGUGAAAAAGCUGCUUUCCCAGGAGACACGCACUCCUGAGACCAUGAUUAAACUGCAUGUUCAGAUUCAGAACGAUCUCUGUCAGCAAAUGGUCAAAUUUGGAUUUUUAAAGAUUAGAAAGACUCCUGUUCCUUUUACUUCUCUGAGAACUGGUUCCGCUCAGUCAAAGUCUGUGUCUGUGGAAAGCUCAAGUUCUGUAGUAACUCCCACGGAUGUUCAUCCUGUACCGGCCUCAUCAAGUGUUGAUACACAGGUUCAGGGUAAAUGUGUUGCUAACGGCACUGCACUGCGUUCAUGUGCUUCCUCUCAGACUGUACAAAUGAACCAGGCCCUUAAGAGUUUGCCUCAUCCAUCUCAGCCCAGCAAGCCAUCUCAGCCUAACCAGGCCACACAACCCUCAUUCCAACUAAAUCAAUCUAAACUUCCCUCUUCAGAACUUCAGAAUUCAUUUUCUUCCUCAUUUUCUUCCAAUCCUGGGCAAUCCAAGCAUGCUUACACUCCCUCAUCACAACGUGUCCUAUAUUUUCCUAACUCUGCUCACAAAACUCAAAUAAAUCCUCAUCCAUCUGUUAAUUUUCAGCCUCGUCUUCCACACACAGCGUCUCAAAUAGACGAUAUCUCCAAGCAUAGGACGGCCUCGACCUUACGCUAUUACCCUCCCAUCACCCACCCAAUGCCAGUUAACAACCAAACACCUAAACUAACUCAUCCAAUACCUGCCAACAACCAAACACCUGUACUAACUCAUCCAAUACCAGCCAACUACCAAACAAUAGUACAAACUCAUCCAAUACCAGCCAACAACCAGAUACCCCUACUGACUUAUCCAAUACCAGCCAACAACCACACAACAGUACUAACUCAUCCAAUACCAGCCAAUAACCAAACAACAGUACUAACUCAUCCAAUACCAGCCUACAACCAAACAUCUGUACUAACUCAUUCAAUACCAGCCAACAACCAAACACUUGUACUAACUCAUCCAAUGCAAGCCAACAACCAAACACCCGUACUAACCCAGCCAGUUUCAAACAUGCCAACUGACACCCAAACAGUUUUACUAACCUAUCCAGUACAAACCAGUUUCCUGGGGCCUGCACAUACUUUUGCUGCACAACAAAAUAUUCCCAUAACUGUUCUUUCUAACAUAAAUGCUCUUUCUUCAAAUGAUACUGCAAUCUCUAAUGUACACUCUGCUGGACCCUCCAAUGGUGGGAUGAAUCAUUGUUCCCAUGACCCUUGUGCACAGAAUACCACCAGUUCAACCUUUAAAGCAAUCCAAAGCACAGCUAGUGGUUCUUCACUUCCUGUAAACCCAAUGCAUUCUGCUCCCAUUAGUGGCAACAAAAGAAACGCCUACAAUAGUGCUAACCUUCCAGUCAAGGCCUUGGCUGACUCCGUCUGUGAUCAGGACGCAGGUGUGAGCAGCACAAAUUUCACUGAUACGGAUAAUUCGGAGAGCAACUUGCCCUCUUCCACUGUGUCAGAGACAGAUCCCAAAGAAUCUUCGCCAGAUCCUGCCCACUCCUCUGGCCUAUGCAACCUUCAGCAAGACCCUCUCUCCACCACCACAGAGAAAUGUUCAAGACAAGCUCAAGCCAGUCAGUCAUUCACCAAGAGUGACUCUAGACCAAGACACUGGAGCGUUGGCUUGCCAACAACUUUUCGUCAGCUUGUAGAGACAACACCUGUCAGCUCCACAGACAAUAGGAACGCCACACCUCCAGCGAAUUCAACUCCAUGUGGCACAUCAGAUGACCUUGCAGGGGAGAGGGAGAUACAUGAUAAGACUGUCCAAAGUGUUUUUUACCACAGAAAGGAAGAAGAGGAAGAAAAAGAAUCUGCAGUGUCUGUGGAACAAUUCAAGAAACAAUUCAAGAGGUUUCCACGUGUAUCUCUGGUGCGCCUGCCCAUUUCUUUGCCUCCAUGUGGGCAGCCACUCCCAGAGUUCCACCUUACUGCAGAUAUCUCUAGAGACCACAUCAUGGUGCAGGAAUCCCAGGGAGGACAGAUUAAACAGGUGUGGAGAUGGCACGAAGAUCCAGUGCCAUCUAGAGCCUCUUCCUGCUCUAUACUGCAAAGCAGCGACAGCUCCCCGGCAUCUGACGUACAAUUCUGUGCAGUGUGUCAGUCUGCAGGAGCUGCCCUUCUGUGUGUGAAAUGUGGAUGUGCUUUUCACUCUGAUUGUCACAUACCACCAAUCCUCACAAAACCUUGUGAGGAUUGGGUGUGUUUGCUGUGUCAGGAUGUAAAUGAGACAGUCGUGUAUGGCAGUGAGGAGAUGAGGACGUCCAGUCUGAGUCUACAAGAUCAAAGAAAGUGUGAGAAGCUUCUCCUUGGUCUCCUGUGUGAUGAGAACAGGUGCCUGCUCUACAACGCCACCAAGAAUCACUCAAAAACAGCUGAAUUUGAUAUAAUACUUGGCCGACUCCUGGGGACAAGGAAGCCGCCUUAUCGGACUGCUGCUGAACUGGUGUCAGAUGUUUGGACUCUUUUUGACAUCUUGAUGAUGAACUCUGAGAGGAAAAACUUGGUUGUCAAACUUCAAGAAUCUUUCCAGCAACAGCUGAAUGAAUCUUUUGGGAAGAGUCUUCACGCGUCUCUCCUGAAACACUCCAGCAGUGAGGCUCCAAGAAGUACUUCAGAGACAGAGACUCAAAGAGAGAAGCACAGAAACACUUUGAAACGCAUGAGAGAGUUUUUUAUGGAAAACUGUGGUACAGCAGCAAAGAAAUCCUGCACUUACAAAGGGAAGGAGAAAGAUUGCUGUGAGAACACUACAGCUGGUGAACACUGAACCGUCUCAGUCAUUGCUUUUGAAACUACACAACUACGUUUGUGAAAGGGGAACCACAUUACUAUGCGUCACUAUUUAUUGUAGUAGUAUGUUUAUAUACCUUUGCCUUGAAGUAAAAUUAAAGUGUAUUAAACACAUUA